AUGGGUCUUAACUACUACGCUUCUGCGCCGACCGUCGUUCUGGCGCCCCAGCAACCGCAGGGCUACUUCUCCCAUCACCAGAACGCCGCAUCACCAAUGGGUAAUUUCCGCCCCAAAUACCCUACUCCGCCUUCGCUCAACUAUCUAGCCGCCGUUUCCAAUGUCACCGCUGGUCGCAAACGAUCCAUCGCCGACGUCGAUGAACCAGAGGAGAACCUACCCGCCGGAUCAAUCGUUACUCAGUCGCCUUCAAAGCCCAAGCCCGAGCCUGUCUAUGGCCCAGGGAUGACGCUCAUCUACCCUGGAGAACCUGGCUACAGCAUGGCAGCCGAGUCGCAAUCGGGCACCUGGUACGAAGAGAAGAUCGAAAAAGAAGAGAAGGCUGACGCCGCCCGCCCUAUCGCUGUGUCGCGCAAGUCGGUACGGAUGAGCCCAACCGCCAACAUCGAAGUCCCCUCCCUCAAUGACAUGGAUGCUCAAAAGACCGAAGAGCUCAUUGACGACAAAGGCAACACCAUUAACACGCUCAUCGCAUCCCUCGGGGUUGGCUGGAAGAACGUCAUGACAAACCCCAAGCUACGCGACGCAGCGCGCGCAUACUCACGCGUUAUUGAGCGUCAUUUCGAUUUCACCGAUGUCCUUGUUAUGCUGGAGAAGGAAUCACUCAACGCUUAUCUGGUACGCGCGAAACAACACGGCGUACAAGGCUACUGGCUCUUCUCGGACAACCUUCAAUGGUGUCAGCUCAUCGGCUGGUCGUUAGAACGCACAGUCAGCAACCUCAUGUUCGGUUCAACCCCGCGUGUCGAGGGCGAGCGCAUCAAUGCCCGUCAACUGACGCCAUCGGAACCCGCUACCACACCCACUCCUCAACCAGUGGCCGACAUUCCUAUGGCGACUACAGACACCGACAUGAUGGAGAUGUGA